AGCUAUAUGUCUGUGCAAGUAAAUUUUAAAAUAAGGGCAUCAUGGAUAGUGGCUGUUCCGCGUCCUCGCCCUCUGAAUUGAGCAAUGCUUCCGCUACCUCCGGUGGAAGCGGCGGCGAUGGCGGCGCUUCCAAGUUCCUUGCCAACCUCCCCUCUCGCGGCAACUUCUCCUCGACCGUUCUCUCCUCUUGCUUGGGAGGGGCACGUGUUUACAUUUGUUAUCGUGAUACAUCACCUCCAGAUAACCAGGUUAUAAGAACAAACCAGACGAAUAUACUGAUCAGAUCUCUUAUGCUUAUGAAACAAAAGGGUGAUUCGGGUUCAAAAGAUGGGAAAGGAGCUGGUUCAAGUCAGGGCUCAAGAAAAAGGGCUGCUGAGAAAUCUUUGGAUGGUAAAGAUGUUGGAAAGAAAGCAAUGUUUAGCACUCAGCAUGGUUCUUCUCAAGAACUGCAGAGCUUGACAGUAGAUAAACUUCGUGCUCUGCUUAGAGAUAAAGGGCUUUCAGCGACAGGGAGAAAGGACGAGUUGAUUGCUCGCUUAAGAGGUGUGAAUGGCUAGGCUCUAGCAUUGUUAAGUUGAGAGAUUAAUUACUUUUCAACUCUGUAGAAAUAUUUUGAACUGCAUCAAUAUCAUUGUGUUUUUGAAACGGAUAUUAAGUCUUAUCUUCUGUACUGCAAUUUGGACUGUUGUGGCUUGAUUCUAAGAAACUUGUCUCCCUAAGAUGGGGCUUUGGAUUAUAA